CAGACGUGUAUGCUGAGUAACAACAAGGUGAGGUACUGGAAUUUGCUAAGAGACAACGCAACAAUCACCGUCCUCAAAGCUAGUACCCUCUGCAACCAAACCAGUGGCUUCACACAGUUGAAUGGGGUUGGUUGUAUCUUGAUAGGUAGAACUGGUCUUAGCUGGAACAAAGCCAGAGACUUUUGCCACGCUGCUGACUCCGAACUCUUCAAUGAUUAUGACUCCCCUCAACCUGUAUACAACGCAAUAUGGAGUGAGAUCAAGAGAAUUCUCCCUACUUCACCGGAAACUAACUUCAGACUGUGGUUUGGAAAGAGAGGCGACUAUUGGCUGAAAGACUCCUGGUGGAUUGACGCCAACAGCACUCUGCCUUGCACAAACCUACAGUUCAACAGGACUCUGGCGGACUACCCUUGCAACCAAGGCCUUUGGUUCCUGUGUCAGCAAAUGUUUACUUGAAAAGCGCCAUCAAGACAGGUUUCAGUAGAUGUACACAAGUAGCUUAGAACGUACAAGUUCUAAUUUUAUGAUCUACUAAUUUAUCUGCAAAGAGACCACCAGUCAUCACUAAUGAGAACAUUUUGAAUAUAGUCUCACUUGACCUUAAUUUGCACUAGCCAUCUUAGAUAUUAUUUUUUGCAAAUAUCCCUGUAGAUACAAAUCAAAAUUUGACUGCGUAAAUGUUUACGAUUCUAGAUGAUGAUUGCACGACUUUCGGAACAAAAAAAAAAAAAAUCUAAGACAUCUGCACAGUUGAAGGACCUUAUUAUUUCAUAUAUCAAUUCUAUAUACCUUGGAUCACACGCACUGCUCUUAAUGGAAAUUGAAGUUCUGUCAAUUAAAAGAUACAAUAGGUAGGGGAGGGAGGACAGACAGAGAU